CUCGCGUGAUUCCAUGUGCGGUUUGUCACACGAGGCGCGCUGUGAUUGAUUCGCAAGUCCCCUGUAGUCAAACUCAUGGAGAUCUGAUUCCCUAAGGGUUUGAAUACUGGGCUGAAGCAAACGUCUGGGAUCUUGGGAGUCACGUCUGUAUUAUGGCCAACAUUGGUGACGGUUUAGAUCCCACGGGUCUCCUAAGCGCUGCACGAUUACUGGAGCGUCCAGCUGAAGAAUUCGUGAACCACCAGGAAGUAGAGACACUCUGGGCCAUCAAGGCUUCGGAGCAUAUGGAAGUAUACUUCAACCUGCUGAAAGCUCUGGAUCCGAAGGUUCUGCGUCUCACACCUGUUGACCAAUUGAUUUUCGACGACUUCAGUAGAACAUUUGGUGACAAAAAUAUCAAUCUCGAGAAACUAGACGAGGCAGAGUUGAAGAGCGAGGCAUCGAAAGCUAUCUGGCGGGAGUUUUGUAACCGUUUCGAAGGUAGCGUCGAAGAUUUCAACUUUGCGACGAUUCUCCGUCUCGACACCUCAGGAGAUUACAGUCCAGAGAACACGACCUUGGUUCCGAGAGUUCAAUUCUACGCAAUAGAGAUCGCCCGGAACAGGAGUGGCCUGAACGACAGCAUCAGAGAGAAAUUCGGCGCCAAAUCGAAACCCGUGAAAGCUUAAAGCGCCAGACAGCUGCGUCUAACAUGUAAAUAAUGUUGAUUCCUGCAAUAAAUUCUGUG